CUUUUGAGGUGGACCAAAAAGUUGUUCUAACUUGUGAUAAAAGAAUGAACAGAGUUUUUUGGUAUCUGUUGAUGACUGAUGUUUGAACCCUUCUACUGAGACGAGCUUGAAGGGAAUGUACUGACGGAUUGACAUCAAGAUGGCGAGUGUACAGUCCUUCAGCCUGGACGAUGAUCCGGUCGAGAAAAAGUUCUACCGCCCCUCAAAAUACAACAACGAAAAUGUCCUCAUUAAAUUCUUAGAAGAGGUCGAUAAUUUCAAAUAUCUGAACCAGCCGAAUGCCCGAGGGUUCACUGCACUCCACUUGGCAGCAAUUCAUGGCAGUUAUGAGUGUCUCAAGAUUCUAUUGGAUCAACGAGCUGAUCCGAAUAAGAAAGAGAAAUGUAGUGGAAAGACGCCUCUCCAUUUUGCCGUUGAGAAGGAAAACGAGAAAAUCGUCAAGACGUUAUUGAACUACGGCGCCGACCCCAAUGCCACAGAUGAGGAUCAGGUCACCCCGCUCGAUAUCGCUGAAAAAAACGAGUUGGCAGAAAUCGUAACACUACUCCAUGAUCAACAGGGAGCAAGAAAUAGGGAACUCAAAGCCUUAAGAGCCAGUUUCAGUGAUGCCGUUCAGUCAAAUGAUAUCGAGGCAGCCAGGGAGUUCGCCCAGCAGAUUUCCGAAUCCGUCGCGGAGACCAUUCAUUCAUUCUGUAAUGGUGUGCCAUCAUUACUUUAUCGCUCCUGUGAAGCAGGUAAUUUCGAUAUGGCGUGUCUGCUCCUGAGUUACCCGGGAGUUGACCCAUGCGUGGUGGACCCUCUGACAAAAUGGACGGCACUGCAUGCAGCGUGUCAGUCCAGGGUCCAAGAUGAGAAGAAUUUGGUCAAGAUUCUGAUUGAGAAAACACCUGUGACUGUUACCAUGGAAACAGCUGACGGUCAGCUCCCUCUACACAUUGCUGCAGAAAAAGGACCGCCAGAGGCUGUCAGUACGAUACUGAACUAUCCAUAUGAUGACGGCAAUAAGGAGAGCUACAAGGAUAGAGAUGGAUUCAAAUUCUUUUUCCCAUUCGACCUGAAUAAAACAGAUCAGUCUGGGAAGACGGCAUUGUUCUCUGCCUGCGUCGCAGGAUGUAGUAAAACUGUUGAGAUCAUGAUUAACUUUCGAGUUAAUGCGUCGCGAUUUGAAUAUGCAUGCGAUUAUGAUGAUGAGUUGGAACAAAACGAGACAGGACUACCUCACAAUCGGUCGUUCUACCAAAACACCCAGGAAAUUUGUCCAUUUGAUGCGAACUGCUGCGGAAAAAGUCCACUCUCUGAUAUCAUACAGGAACAUGCAAAAGCUGACCAGGAAAUGAAGAAGGCGUACCUCGCGAUUGCUGAGAUGAUUCUGAAGCAGGGUGUAGAUCCAAAUGCGGAGAUCAUCGUGGAAGACUUGAGUCGAAGUCCCCUCAUGCUGGCAUUCGAACAUUCUGAUCUGGGCAUGAUCGAUUUGUUGAUGAAGUACGGGGCAUGUGACGUAGGUCAACAGGUUCUGAGAAAUGCGGCUUUCAACGAGCAUUACAGAGUGAUCAGCAUCUUGUUGAAGUACAGCACCUUUCCCGAUCAGCGUAAUAAAAUCAAUCAGGUUCGGAUGCGUGCUGAUGGUGAAAUUGGCGAGGACAUCCAUUCGACUGAUUCAGGUUUCCGUACGAAAUUCCCGACGAAGGCUGUCAGUAUAAAUUGGCAAGGUCUGAUUCCAAACAUGGACAAGAUUCAGGAGGAAUGGUGGACGGACGCGUGCCUUCAUCAUAAUGAGCAUCUACGCUUUCGCAAAGACUUUGUUCAUUUCUCCAUCACGCAGAUUGACAUCUCGAACAAUUCGCUGAAAGAACUCCCACACGAGAUCUUCCACCUGCCGUCACUGCGGUUCCUAAACGCAUGCAGGAACAACAUUGAGGCAUUACCUGACCACCUUAAUGCCUACCCAGAGGUCUUAGAAGAACUUCAAAUACAAAGGAACGAAAUUCCAACCCUUCCAAUUUGGUUGUUUCAUCAGAGCGUUGCAAAGUUGGCGCGAUUGAAUGCAUCUUCGAACAAAAUAUGUGAAUUGCCAAAGGAAAUUUGGACCGCACCAAAACUGACUGAGCUGAUUCUCGUGAACAAUAAAAUAUCUGAAUUGCCUUUCCAGUCGUUCAAAAGCUGCAUUGGACCCAGCUCGAAAAUAGCCUCCAUUGGACAUGCUAAUAGUAAAGCUAGUGGCCUUGGCAGGAGACUUCAGAUGCAAGUCUCCGCUGAAGGUGAAGAUGAGGUCGAUGCAGUUUCGUCACCACUGGCCUCAAUGAUACAAAACUGCACCGAAAGUCAAUUUAGUUCGUACACUAUCUGGGAAGGAAAGAUCCCGAAUCUACAAGACUCGCUCGAAGGACCUAUUGGUGAUGAGGAAUUUGUCGAGUCAAGGCUCAAGGAAUUGAAUUUAGCUAAUAACUGUUUCAAAGUUGUACCACAGAACUUGCCGUGUAUUGUGCCGAAAUUAUCCAAGUUGAACCUGUCAGGGAAUCAGAUUAUGGAGAUUGGCCGCCCAAAAGAUUACCCAAAGUCUCUAAGGGUGCUGAAUCUGUCCGGGAAUACGAUUACGGGACUGACCAAGAAUGGUGAUACCGAUGCAGAGGUCGAGUAUAUCUCUCGUAAUCAGCUUCAAGCAGGAGGGAGAACUGGCUCUACCAGAAAAAAACAUGGCAACACUUUUUCCGGCUUGGGUGCGAAAGAGGGCAAUCUCUCCAUACCGACGUGCUUCCAUCGACAGCACCACCGCUUCGACAGCCUACACACGCUAUACCUCGCAAACAACAUGCUCAUCGAGCUGAACCUGACCUUCAAGAGAAGGAAGGAAUCAGAUAUUUCCAUUCCUGAUACGGGUGUUGAGAGUCUGCCAAAAGGGGGAGCGGUUACUGUACCCAGGCGUGGGUCGACGCCAUUACCGGCUAAUAGUAGUCAGACGUUACCAUCGGAUUCUGGCAAGCGAAUUUCUGGUGAAGUAUUUCCACAAAGUUACACAGAUGAAAAGAAUGAGAAGCGUCAGUUGUUGAUUUUUCCGAUCCUGUCCACGCUGGAUGUGUCCAACAAUAAGCUUCAUGCGAUUCCGGAUGAGAUCGCAGAGAUGGAGCAUCUCACACAGCUGAUACUUAAAAAGAAUGAUAUCAAAACGCUUCCCAGUGCCCUUGGCAACUUGAACAAAUUGUGGAACUUCGACCUGAGCGGAUGUCCAUUGGAGGGUCACUUGCAGACCCUUAAAGCGCAGAAUGCCAGCACGCUGGAUAUAUUAGGAUAUUUGAAGUCUCAGCAGGACAAAAUGGUUGAGUACAAUCGCUUGAAGCUGAUGGUGGUGGGAGUGGAGAACAUCGGCAAGUCGAUGAUGCUGAGGAAUCUUAGGAAGCAUGAAAACAACCCAAGUGUCGAGCAGAAGACGCGUUCACAGAGACUAGGCCAGCCCGAUCUCCGCUCCAAGAAGGACAAGUACUUGCCAACAGAGGGCGUCGACAUCCAAGAGCUUACCAUGACCAAGAACAAGCAGAAGGUGAUAUUCAAGACAUGGGAUUUUGGUGGAAAACGAGAGUACUACGCCACCCAUCAGUAUUUCCUUUCUAAACGAGCUCUUUACCUGGUUGUGUGGAACAUGGAACAUGGCGAUAAUGGCAUCAAGGGGUUGCAUCAGUGGCUCGUCAAUAUACAAGCGAGGGUCCCAGACUCGAACGUCAUCAUUGUCGGCACCCACCUUGACCACAUGAAGACAUCAACGUACCCUAAAGAAUGUGUGCAGGACUUGUGUAAUAAGAUCGAGACCCAGUUCAUCAAGAUCAGUGAGAGCCCUACCCAUGGUUUGCCAAGAGUCCUCGAACACAUCGAGAUUAGUAACACCAAGCGAUUUGGAAACAAUAUUGACAAGCUUGCUGACUUGAUAUUUAAAGUUGCUACCGGGCUUGAUGACCCCUCCUCAAAGCGUCCAUUUGUGAAGCAGGAGAUUCCACACCGCUACCUUGACCUUGAAGAUGUGGUAACGGAGCUUGCCUUGGAGAAGAGAAAAAAGGGGGAGGGACCAGUUCUUACCACAAAACAUUACAAUUAUGAGGUAAUGGAGAAGAUGAGGCGAGUCAAGCAGCAGACGUUCGCCAGUCACAACGAAUUGGCUCAGGCAACACAGUUCCUUCAUGAAAACGGUGUCUUGCUUCAUUAUGACGAUCCCACGCUCCAACACCUGUACUUCUUAGAACCUCAGUGGCUGUGCGACAUGCUGACAUGUGUGUUAGAGAAUGAAGAUCCUUCUACACCAAGAAAUGGUCAAAUACGCAUCGGAGAACUGAAGCACCGUUUCCGCAACUCGCCAUACAAACACAAGGAAGUAGAACAGUACAUCAUUGACUUGAUGAACAAGUUUGAACUUGGCCUCCAGUACGAUGAUGAAAAUCUGAUCAUACCACAGCUGCUGCCCACUGAGAAACAGCUGCGGGAGAAGCACCCUAAUAUCAAGGAGGUCUGGAUCCCUUUGAAGAAGCCUAAAGUGUCUCCAAACCAGAAGAGAGGGAGAAGACCUUCAGACCUGAAUCCAAGCCCGGCAGCAACGUACAUGCCUCCUGAGGAGCCCUCUAGUGGUGCAGUCGAUAACCGCAUCUUCAGUACGAUACCUGGUCUAAUGGAACCUGGAUCUAGGGAAUCGCGAGAGUCACGAUCUUCCACAGUGUCGUAUGACUCCGUUUCGGAACGUGGGUCUGUCCACGAAAGAGUCGGCCCAGUGAAGGAAAAUUUCAUACCAGAAGGUUUCACCAGACAGGUGGGGAGAUCGUCAUUUCACAUUCCCACACCGGACAGGACACCUCAGGCCUCACCCAAGGUGAAGCGAGAACCCAUUGUACCAACCUUGCAUCCAGGUUCUGUUACCGUGGAGAUGAAACCUGAGACUGAGACAAUGAAGUCGCUGCGCCGUUUGUACCUGAUGUCGUAUUUUCCGAGCGGGUUCUGGGCACGUCUGAUAACACGUCUGCUGGCUGAUCAAAGCAUGAACCAGACGGUCCAUGAUAUGUACAAACCGCCACCAGAGAUUGAAGAGAAUGCAGACCUAGCCUCUACCAUAAGCAGACCUGAGUGGCUAUGUUAUCAAACAGGCAUCGAACUAGUCCACAUGAACACCCACGUGCUCCUGGUGCGGGAAAUCACCGAAGAAACCACCGACCUCCCGUGCGAUUAUCGACGAUGUCAACUCCUUCUCCAACAAGAGGGGCAAUGGAGUCCAAUAAACAAACUCGACCAGUUGUCUAUCCUGGAAGUUCUGCUGCCGAACCAUGCAAUCGACUUAAAGGUCUCCGAUCGAACGAGUACGAUGGACAUCACAGCAGACGCCACCCGAGCUCAUGUCUCCUGCAAUCUGAAAUCGGCGACAAAAUUACUUGCGACUGUUAUCAGUCAUGUUGAUAAUCUUCUGGAGGACUGGUACCCUGAUGUCGGAUUGCGAUUCGCGCAGAAUAUCCAGGGCAUGUACCUGAUUACGCGGAUUGUGCCGUGUCUGAGGUGCUUUAUUCACCAGACAGAGUUACAGACACAGGUUUCCUCAGAUGAUGAAGAGUGUUGGUCUCAAGUGUUCAUCAGAAAUGGACUGGCGUCGGUUGUGCGGUCCAUCAAGCUGGAUUCUGAGGCUCAUCUCGUACACCAUGAAUUCCCACCUGAUAUCUCUCCCAUACUCAACGAGACCGUUGAUGACGCAAUUUACUGCUUCACUGUUGAGGAAUGUAUGUUGGCAACCCAACAACGACAGAUGAUCGUCUGUGAGAAACAUCGCCAGAUCGCAUCGCCGACCGCAGGAGAUUCUGAACUACACAUUGCACCAGAUGUGGUGUUUGCCGACCUAGAUGACCACCAACUCAUCAACCAAAAUAACAUCACACGCAAUAAAUACCUUGGCCGGGGCGCUUUCAGUUCAGUGUUUAAAGGCAUCUAUAAGUCCCAGAAUCGAACAGAAGGGGUCGCCAUCAAGGUGCUGGAACCAAUCAAACCAGGGAAUGAGGCAAACUCUGGCGAUAUGGAUAACUAUGAGGUAAACCAAAAAAAUUGGAAUCAAGACCCUUUGCGAGCGGCAUGCAAGUCGUACCUGAUCGCCCGCCAAGAGUGUGGCAUAAUGUUCACGCUAAACCACAAACACAUUGUCCAGCUUCUGGGUAUCAGUCUGCAACCUCUCAGCCUCAUAUUAGAGGUGGCGCCACUGGGGGAACUGUAUGCCAAGUUGAAGGAAUAUCGUAAGAAUAGCGCCAGGCUCCCGAUGUAUGCCAUCAAGAAGAUUAUUCUUCAGACUGCUUCUGCGCUCUUCUAUCUCCACAACCAUGACAUCAUCCACCGAGACCUGAAAUCGGACAACGUCAUGGUAUGGAACAUGCCACCUCCUCACAACACGGACCCGACGCAGCCGGUAGACGUCAAGCUAGCUGAUUACGGAAUAAGCCGUGCCGUGUUACCGACGGGUGGGAAGGGGUAUGCCGGGACGCCAGGGUUCGUUGCGCCGGAGGUCAUCCAGUUUAUGGGAGAGGAGAGCUACACAAAAAAGGUGGAUUGCUUCUCGUUUGGGAUGCUGAUCUACGAACUCCUGACACUGCAUCGCCCCCUGGAGGAUCAGUUGUCAAACGCAGCCAACUGGAAGAGUAUCAUACUCAACAGCGACAGACCUUAUCUCCGGAAAAGUGACACUGACCUGUACCCCACACAUUUCCUUGACCUAAUGGUGACCUGCUGGGAACAAGAGCCACAUAACCGCCCCUCCGCCGACGAGAUCAUCGCCAUUGCCUCGACACCAGAGUUCUGUCAUCUCCGCCAAGCGGUGUCACCGGACAUGUGUCAAAAUCUCCGAUGUGCCACGUCAAUCAGGACUCCAAAUCGUCCCGGUCUCGACGUCAACAUUGUUGACCUUGACGAGGACAUCCCCCAGACUGACGUCUGGUUGAGCUCAUUCCAGGUGCGGGCGAUGCUGGAAGUUGUCACCUAUGAGAACGAGAUACCGAUUCAGACCAAGAGUAUCAAGCUGAAGCAGCCCAGUUCGAUCUUGGUCAUGUGUCCUAUCGGUGAUUACAUGUGGUGCGGAGAUGAUAAGGGUUACAUUAUCGUUAUUUGCCAAACUACCUACCGUGAGACUCUCUGCGUCAAAGUCGGUGGAUCCUUGGGGGUCAAGGUCACUAGCAUCGUGUACUUCAAGGACUUUGACCGCAUCCUCAUCACCCUCGACAACGGCAGGAUAAGAGUCUGUGAUAACAUGCCGAACUCUAAAGCUGAUGACCUCAACAUCAAGGAAUUCUACGGGAAUGGCAAAGAUAUAAAUUGUGCUGUAGCUGUGAAUUCUGCUCACCACGAUGAAGUUUGGUGUGGACAAGCAGAAGGUGCCGUACUCGUUUGGGAUUCCAACCACCUCGACAGACAGCCGCAGGUUGAACAUCACUACGAGGCCUACAAUAAUGACGUCAACACAUUGUUCCUGGUGACAUCUGCUAGUGAUCAAAAGUCGUUGUGGUCGUAUGUGUAUCCAGGUACAUUUGUCUAUCUAUGGGAUACAGUAGAGAGAAAAGUCAAACGUUCCCUUGACUGCAGUCGCGUGAUUCCUUAUGCGGACAGACAUCAAAAACAGAUCAUACAACAUGGAAAAUUACUUCCUGGGAAAACCCAAAUUACUGCCAUGAAUGUAAUCGACAACGAACUCUAUGUGGGUACAACCUGGGGUUGUAUCAUCGUCAUCGACAAGUCCACCAUGCACCAUAUCACAAGUUUCCGCUGUCACGAACAGGACGACAUCUACGUCAAGGCCAUACUGCCGUUGACCUUUGAGGAUUCAAGCGACCUUGACCCAAGGUUUGGUGCUCCAACACAAGAUAACCAGAUCGCAAAGAACAUUAUCACGGUCGGGAAAGGUUACAGGAAUGUUAUGAAGACGUUGUCGUCUGCCACGGUGACCACAAUCAGACGACACUCACUCCAAAAUCGGACAUUCCUGCUGUCAUUCUUGGCAGAAAAUUGGAAAUAUUACUGAAAAACAUGGACUAACUUUGAGUUUUGGCUAGCUUUGAUUUUGGGCUAGAUUUGACUUGGAGCUGGCUUUGACUUUGAGCUAGUGUUGACCUUGGGCUAGCUUUGACCUGUUUGGCUUUGGGCUAGCUUUGACUUCGGGCCAACUUUGACUGUGGGCAAGCUCUGACUAUGGGCCAGCUUUGUGUUUAGGCGAGCUUUGACUUUAGGACAGCUUUGACUUUGGGCCAGCUUUGACUUUGGGCUGACUUUAACUUUGGGCCAGCUUCGUGUUUAGGUGAACUUUGACUUUGGGCCGGCUAUGACUUUGGGCCAGCUUUGACUUUGAGUUGGUCACUUGAUAACUCAUCAAGUAAGUCUUAAGGAAGACUGAAAUACACAAGAGUUUCGCUCUUCAAACUGUUAUUUCAGAAAUAUUUUUUGAAGCAAUAAUAGGGUUGGGUAUGAAGACUUCCUAGUUCCAUGUACAGUUUUCGAUACUUGAAGGAAGAUUUUUCAGGGAAUUCCAUGUGCUUUCUUAUUUAGUAAAUUGUGCCAAUAUAUAGAAAAAAAUGUGCUACAAAGGAUAUACUUUUUUGAUCAUUGUUAUUUGUUGAUAUUCCAGAGGUUAACCAGUAUUAUUUCUUAUAACCACACGGUGCUUAUAUAAAGGUUAAUGCAAUAUUCACUGCAUGUCUUGUACUUCCAUUCUCACGCUACACAAAUAUCACUGAAUCAACUUUUCAAGCUAAACAACAACAUCGCAAAAAUGUCGAAACCUAGGGGUAAUUUGUCAGUCACUCGGUGAAAUCAAGUCACAGCAUAAAAAAUGGUUGUGAUAAGACAUUUUAGAAGUUCAGUGGCUAUAUAUGUGACCUGUCGCAGCAAAACCAGGCGCAUGUCGCACAGAAGAUGAGCCUAAAUGACACCAGGAGAUAAUGGAAGAAAUUGAUGUGCUCAUAUUUCACAAAAGGCAGACAAUAGAGAAAUGAACAAACAGUCCGUCUCAACCUGCCAAGCUCAGAGCGACAUGCGUCUGUAUUUGCUGUGAUGGGUCACAUAUUGUUUUGCUGUCCAGAUGAACACAUAUUGUAAUGGGGUCGUCAUCCUGACGCUCGUGGCCUUCUACUCUAUUUAGGUAUAGAAUAUAAGCCCAUGACUUUUUUUGGUCACAAAUAUGGAAAGUAACCCAAUGAUUUUUUGGUCACUUUCUGUUAAUUGUAGUCUAUACACCUCUCCAGAAAUGGGGUGCUGAGUGUCCGAAAUAAUGAUGACAUAAGGGGAAACUAGGCCUUAUGGUGGAGGGACAAAGGAGAUAGUCAUGGUUGACCAACACACUUGAAUGCCUUUAAUGACGGACAAUUUGGAAAAAGUUAGUUCCAAUGCAAGCCACCAAUUUCGGGAAGCUGUAUAUCGGUCCAUUUCAAGCAAACUUUGACUUACUGCAGCCAUGCAUACAGCAUUGCUGAUGUUGCCAGUCGAACAUUUGAAUCCUAUCCCAGCCUAUCAUGAUAUAGCUAAACAUGCUUGGUCAAAUUUCCAUAACAUGCUUGGUCACGUCUCCCUCGCCUAAUCUCCCUCAUCAUUCAUCACAUUAAAAAAAUUCACUUCACUUUGGGAUCACGAUCUUCUCGUGAAGGUGUGACCAGGUGAAAAGAACUGGGACCAAGGGUUUUUGCCCACACUUCAUGGACAUAAUAGUUUGAUAUUUGUACCGAACACAUGUGCCUGUUGAGAAUGACUCGAUAUUUGUAGCAAAAACUUGUGCCUCUCUAGUAGGACAUAAUAUUUGUAGCAAAAUUGAUACCUGUCUAGUAUGACUUGAUGUAGAAAAAAACUUGUGUCUGUCUAAGUAUGACUUGAUAUUUGUAGUAAAAAGUUGUGCAUGUUUUCUCGGCUUGAUAUCUGUAGAAAAAACAUGUGCCUGUCUAGUAUGACUUGGACCCGAUGUCUGUAGCAAAAACUUGUGCCUGUCUACAGGGUGGCCCAGAAUUAUUUUCCCUCACACAAUGGCUACAGAAUAGAAUUCGAUUGUGCAAGGGAAAAUUAUUCUGGUCCACCCUGUAGUACGACUUGAUAUUUGUAGCAAAAACUUGUGCCCGUCUAAUUAUCUGCCUUCCAUGACUGUUCAAAUACACAGUACUAUUAAUGGUGCUAUACAUGUUUACAUAAUUGUCUUUGAUCAUUGAAGUUUAAGGUUAUUAUAUCUUAUUAUUGAAUGAUAUGAAUGGAAUUAACAAAAAUAACCUGUGUCCAUCUUGUAACUUGACAAUAAUGGCAUCAUAUGCACUAAAUUUUGGCAUAAAAUCUGCUGUGUUACUCCACGGUGCUAGCACAGAUCAGUUUGCUAUCCACCGGACAAACCUACCAUCAAGUAUGGGUUCCUUGCUGCUGUGCAUUUUUCUCUCUAUGUGUUGCAAAUCAUUAGGAGAUGAACGCAUAGGUUAUUGGAAGACCCCAAAAUCACAGUUUUUCCAACAUUAUUGACAAACUUAAGCCUUUCCCAGGACAGGUCAGCUCGGCAAGUUGGAAGGCCUACCUGAUUCUCAGCAAGAUGGGGAAUCGAUUCUCCAUGGUGCUUAUUGGAGAAGACAAUUGAUUUACAGCUUUUAAAUGCUCUACGUAAAAAAUAACUUCUCUUUAUAAUUCUUCCUCUCUCCAAAUAGUAGCUUUUAUUAUUAUUAUUCUUCUGCGUUCGGAAUUUUUGAGAUGCACGCUAGACAGUCAUUCCAUUAUCGGUAAUGAAACAGAGCCCAGAGCUUUGUGGCCAGGGUGGUGUCCUUUGGCCAGUAUUCCUCUCUAUUCUUCAUUAGGCAGCUGGUCUGAAGCACAUGAGCUGGAGUCUGGUCUCCAGGUCUGCAUUCACACUGAGCAGAUUCUUGUAAGAGUAGCUUUCAAAUUUGAGAAGAUCAUGUUGAUAAUGUCAGAUUCCAGGAUGGAACCUUUUAUGGUGCGUUCUAUACUGCUGAAAAUAUUUGUUAAUCAUUACUAAUUCUUGUUAUCUAGAAGAUAAUUAUGUUAUUACCUUGAAGAAGAUGUGUAGUCCCUUUGUAUAAUUUUGCUAGAUAUCAAAUGAAUCAAUAAAUUAUCAGUAUA